AUGCUCCACGAGAUCCUCCUGUCUCUCUCCGGCCACCCCUCCCCACUCCUCACCGCCGACCACUCAUCCCCAACCUCGAUCCUGUCCCCUCCCGAGAAAGCCCUCCUCUCCUCCAUCGCCCACCUGAGCGAUCUCCACUGCAAGCUGCUCUCGCACACCUCGACCAUCAUCUCCACCCACCCGUCCAGCAUCUGCCAAGCCGUCGCCAUCGCCAUCAGCUCCACGCAUCUCGCGCGCUUCCAGCAAAAGGUCGUCGACGUUGAACAUGGCAUACUCCGGAAAGACGCCGGCAGCGUCGGUGCGUACAACAUCGUGCCGCUGACAGCGAUCGUGGGCGAGUUCUCGGGCUGGACGCGCCGCAUGGAAUGGUUUCUCGAGAUCGUGGAGUUCAUGAUGCGCGGGGCCGAGGGCCGGAAGUGCAGCGGCGCCAUGGUCAUCGAUAGGCUGUGUGAUGCCAUGCAGACCGGCUACGUUGAUAUCGAGCAGGCGGCACUGAGCCUGGUGACGGUCGCCGAGACGGCUUGGUUGAAGCAGGUCUCGGCCUGGAUUCUGUACGGACGCCUGCCGAGUUUUGGGAGGGGGGACUUCUUCGUGCAGGCUAUAGAGGAUGAUGUAGAGGAAUACCAGAGCAAGCGUGAAUUAUUACCUGCGUUUGUGUCUGCGUCGACAGCAGCCUCGUUGCUCUUUAUAGGGCGUUCUUGGAACCAUAUCAGGGUCAAGGGGAUAUCGAGUGCCACCUCGCCCGAGCUGGGUUUAUUAUCGUCUCAUCUCCAACAGCUAUCAGCUCUGAAGUUCCCAAUCAAUAGUGCGACCUUCUCGCAGGUGAUAGCCUCAAUACGGCUGUCCCUCUCCCAGACCACUCUCCAGAAGCUCUUGCCCUUGAGCAGGGUUGUGGAGAUAUUAUCUCUUCUCCGCGAGUUCUUUCUACUCGGCCGUGGAGAAUUUUCUAUAGCAUUGAUUACCGAGGCAGAUGAGAAAAUCCGAUCACGAUGGCGUCGAUCGGACAAUCUAGGCUACGACAAACGCGAUGGCUUAGGGAAUAUUGUUGUAAAGGAGGGCGAGGUCUCAGCUGUCCUUGCACGCACUUGGGCAGCUAUGGGAUCUCUGCAGGGCCAGUACGAGCAGGACGAGGAUGAACAGCUCGAACUUGCCAGAGACCUUGUGCAGCUGGUCAUCUUAAAGAAUAACUCUUCUACGCCGUCCAAGGUCAACAGUAGCCCUUCAAAGUCGACUCCAUCCAUCGCUUCAACACCCUUCAGGAACUUACUCUUAUCGGUCCCUGUGGCACUAACCCUACACAUUCCAUCGCCGCUGGACCUAUUUCUCACACCUUCGGACGUGCAGAUCUAUUCUAGCAUCAACGCAUAUCUUCUAUCUAUCCACCGGGCUCACCUGCGCCUGACGGAUCUAUGGAAGAUCACAUCGUUGCGCCGUGAUCAUCCAGCACCUCCAGGACCACCCUAUGGAAGCUCAACAGCAGGCCGAAACAAAGUGCAUACCUUGCGACGGAGAGCGAAGGAACGCUCCAAAGCGAUGCGCAGUGUCUGGGCCACCAGCAGCGCAGCUGUCUUCUUCCUUAGCGAAACCGAAGCCUAUCUCCAAGGCGAAGUUGUGCAGGGAACCUGGACGGGCUUCAAAGCUUGGCUCACGAAUGAAUCGCCCUCGCGUCCGACGACCUCGAAGAGCCAUGACGAGGACGACGACGACGAGGAUAUCUGGCUGAAAGCGGCGAGGGAGCCAACUCAGACCCAGACUGGCAUCAGCAAUGCCCAUGAUCCGCAAACCCUCGCAGACGCCCACCGAAGAUACCUAGCCGCGUUAUCCACCAGUCUCCUCCUAACAACGCCCUCCUUCACCGAUCCGCUCUACCACCUCCUCCAGCAAAUCGACCACCUCGUGGCCCUCGUCCACCGCAUCCACUCCAUCUGGCAAUCCCUCGAUCUCGAAGCCGACGAGGGCGUCAUCGACGCCUUCUCCGACUUCCACCAGGAAGAAACCGACGUCAAGGCCCAACUCUCCAUCAUCGCGUCCCGCGUGAAAAGCGCCAUCGAGGAACUCGUCAACGCCCUCCGUCACCUGGAUCACGACAAAGAGGGCUGGGCUACCGGGUUCGAGGAAUUGGUUCUGGGACACGAGGGCGCGUAUGUCCCCGCGAAGGUCGGUCGUGUGGAUCGUCUGCUGAUGAAGUUGGAUUUUGGGAGCUGGUUUAAUGGGGGGAGGCGUGGUGGUGAUGAGGGGCUGGGAAGUGAGGAUGGGGAUGAGGAUCUGUGA